AUGAUUGAGCAGGGCCAUGUCCCUAUGGGAGAGCUGCUGAGCUCCUUUGGUGGCCCCACAGAUUUGCUGACCCCAAGGAGAAAUGGAAGAGCUGGGACCGGUCAAGGGGCAGGGGCAUGGGAGAAAACAGGUAUUUCCUCACCAGAGAGCUGGAGAGGACAAGGGAUUCCUGGUGGGCUAAGUGCAGGAUAUGUCCUUGUCCCUGGGUCCUCUAUGGGGACAGAUCAGCAGGCAGCUCUGACUGUCAGUGUUGUGGUGCCAAGCCAUAACCUCAGGGCAGAAAAAGUAGUUUUUAACCAAAGUGAUGAAUGUCCACACAGAGUCUCUCCAGCACUGUCACUGAAGCAACAUGCAAAGAGGUCAACCCUGGAUGGCAUUUUAGAGCAGAUCGGGGAAUUCAGCUUCUUUCACAAACAAACCCUCUUACUCUUCUGCCUGCUUUCUGCCUCCUUCACCCCGGUGUACGUGGGUGUCAUCUCCUUAGGGUUCAUCCCCGAGCAUCCCUGCUUCAGCCCCGGGGUGGCUGAGCUGAGCCAGCGCUGUGGCUGGAGCCUGGAGGAGCAGCUGAAUCUGACGGUUCCCGAGUGGGGUGGCCACGGGGACAGUUUCAGCAGCCGCUGCAGGAGGUAUGAGGUGGACUGGAACACAACAGGCGUCAGCUGCACCGACCCCCUUGGCAGCCUUGUGGGCAACCAGAGCGCUGCUCCCCUUGGUCCCUGCCGGGAUGGCUGGGUCUACAACUCCCCAGGGACCUCUCUUGUGACAGAGUUUAACCUGGUGUUUGAAGACUCCUGGAAGCUGGACCUCUUCCAGUCGUGUGUGAAUGCUAGGGUUUUUAUUAGCUCUGUGAGCAUUGGCUACAUAGGUGACAGAUAUGGCUGCAAACUCUGCCUCCUGGUCACAGUCCUGAUCAGUGCCAUCUCAGGGGUUCUGAUGGCCUUUGCACCACGUUACAGAUGGAUGGUGAGCUUCCACCUGAUACAGUGACUGGUCAGCAAUGGGGGCUGUCUGACAGGCUACAUCCUCAGCUUGCAAUAA